AUGAAUAGUCGUGUGCGAUUUAUUGUAUAUAGAGACCGUAUAAUUUUUGAUGAUGUCAUUGUCAAAUUACACAGUGUAUUUAGAAAUGCGGAACACAGUGAACCAUCUGCGCAAUUUCUAGAAGAUGACAAUGAGAUUUGUAUAUGUAAAUUUGUAAAACCGAUUCGUCUCUGUAAAAAGGGACUUUGUUCUUACCUCGUCUCAGCAUACAUUGCGAUGCUGUCAGAAUCAUAUGUCUAUCGUAAAAGUGCCAUGAGGGUAUUGGAACAUUUUCAGUUAGCACAUAACAGACCAUCCAUUGUAGAACAUUCGCAGUUAAUACUUGUAAGAUUGCGAGCACCAAGAAGGCAAUUCUUGGAUCACAAAUGGAGCGAAAAAUUAAUGCAAAUGGUUGUAGAGAGGCAAGAAGCUGAUCACGCUAUGUCUUGGUUGUCCACGCUUGGAGGAGCGUUUUCUGCUUUGGGAGAAGAAUUUGAACACUGUGCUACAAUGGCAGGCAAAAUCUCAGUGAAGCAGUUUGAGUUGGCAAUGCGCCUCAAUAAUCCUCUCCUCGUUGCCCGUUGUAGAUUGUACGCUGCCUUAAGUCUCAUUCAACGUGGCCACUUUGCUACACCAAAGUAUAUGAUACGAAAAAUUUACAAGUUUGCGCUCAGAGAAAAUGACGUUCGUCUCCAGAACAUGUGUCAGGGUGUAUGGGUCAAAUUACAAUAUAAUUACAAGCAAUACAGACAGAAAAAGAAGUCCCUGUCAUUAAAAACUUUACAUAUAUCUUUGAAAGUUUAGGAAAUCUACUUUCUGCGUUUUUAUAUAAGCAAACUGUUGACAAUAUAUUAUAUUUGCAAACA